UCGCCCCUCCAGCAUUCCGCACUCGACGUUCGGGCGGCCCGCACGCCCGUCCCUUCGACUACCGCGACCGACGCGCCGCGCGACCGCGGCUAACCGCCAUGUUUGACGUUUUCGGCUCCGUAAAGGGGCUUCUGAAGCUCGACUCGGUCUGUAUCGACAACAAUGUGUUCCGGCUUCACUACAAGGCCACCGUGAUCAUCCUCAUCGCGUUCUCGCUGCUCGUCACCUCGCGGCAGUACAUCGGCGACCCAAUCGACUGCAUCGUCGACGAGAUCCCGUACGCCGUCAUGGACACGUACUGCUGGAUCUACUCCACCUUCACCAUCCCCAACCGGCUCGUGGGGCGCGUGGGCAAGGACGUGGCGCAGCCCGGUAUCGCCACGCACGUGGACGGCGAGGACGAAGUCAAGUACCACAAGUACUAUCAGUGGGUGUGUUUCGUGCUCUUCUUCCAGGCGAUAAUGUUCUAUGUGCCGCGUUACCUGUGGAAAACUUGGGAGGGGGGCCGCAUCAAGAUGCUCGUGCUCGAUCUGAACUGUCCGGUCGUGGGCGAGGACUGCAAAACGGACCGCAAAAAACUUCUAGUGGACUACUUUCAUACGAACUUGCACACGCAGAACUUUUACGCGUUCAGAUUCUUCAUAUGUGAGGUGCUGAACUUCAUCAACGUCGUCGGGCAGAUCUACUUCGUGGACUUCUUUCUGGACGGCGAGUUCUCGACGUACGGCCGCGACGUGGUGCGCUUCACCGAGAUGGAGCCCGAGGAGCGCGAGGACCCCAUGGCGAGGGUGUUUCCCAAGAUAACCAAAUGCACCUUCCACAAGUACGGUCCCUCGGGAACCGUGCAGAAGUUCGACGGCCUGUGCGUGCUGCCGCUGAACAUCGUCAACGAGAAGAUCUACGUGUUCCUGUGGUUCUGGUUCAUCAUCCUGUCGAUCCUGAGCGGGAUCUCGCUGGUGUACCGCGCGGCGGUUGUGGCGGGCCCGCGCGUGCGCCUGUACCUGCUGCGCGCGCGCAGCCGCCUCGCGCCGCAGAACGAGGUGGAGGCGGUGGCGCGCCACCUGCAGAUCGGCGACUGGUUCGUGCUGUACCAGCUCGGGAAGAACAUAGACCCGCUGAUCUACAAGGAGCUGAUGAGCGAUCUGGCGAAAAACUUCGAGGAUCGGAAAGGGGCAGUGUAGGGGCGGUGAGCAGCAGGUGACAGUCGCGAGUGCGCCGGGGCUGCCCGCUGCGCGCCGCUACCUGCCGGCGGUGGCCGCGUCGACAUUCCAUCGCCCGCCCGGGCCGCUGCCGGAGCGGGGAACGACCUCCGUCGGGCCAGUCAUUGUAUUCCAGAACCGCUUUAAUCUUCGACGCUCCUGAAACCGUAUCGGUCGAUAGCGAGCCCCUCGACUGAUGCGUGCCACGUCGCACGCGCAUUUAGAAUACGUUUUAGGGCAUGUUUACAAUACAUAGUCGUAGAAUAGAUCUCGUGCCUUUGUUUUGUAUCGUUCGUGAGUGAUGCGCCCGCGCCGCGCCGCGCGGGGGGACUUCCAUUGUGAUAUGUAAUUAUUAUUAUUGUAUCUAAAUUAAGUGAUUGUUGUACGUACGAGUGACCGAGUGGACGAGCCUGGUAUAUUCCUAAGUUUUAGAUAGUUAUCUAAUGUAAUGUAUUCGUUAUCGAAAGCUGUACUCGAUGCGAUAUUGUAUAAAGCAAUAAUGAACUACUAAGGUUAGGACUUAGGCAAUUAAUUAAUCAAUUACUAGAAUUGUUUAUUGACAAUAUUGUAAUUUUCACUAAUUGAAUACUUGUCUAUACUUUUUUCUACUGACGAAAUCGAGUCGAUUUUAUGGUUGAUAUUUUCUGAAUAUAUUUACUGCCACAUUA